UGACUGAGUUGCGUCUUCUUCUUUUCUUUUGCAUCUGGUCUCUCUCUCUCUCUCUCUCUCUCUCUCUCUCUCUCUCUCUCUUUUGUUCCUUCUGUUUCAUAUAAUUUUUUUGAAAAGAUGGCAGCUCCGAUUCGAUUCUUCGAGCUGAACACUGGUGCCAAGUUACCUUCCGUCGGUCUCGGAACCUACGCCAUGGCUCCGGAAUCCAUCGAACAUGCGAUUAAUAUUGGGUACAGGCAUAUCGACUGUGCAUCUAUUUACGGUAACGAGAAAGAGCUUGAAGAAGGAAUCGACUAAGCCAACACCUGAGAUGCUCACUAAACCUGACAUACCAAGUACAUGGAAAGCUAUGGAAGCUCUGUAUGACUCUGGAAAAGCUAAGGCAAUUGGUGUGAGCAAUUUCUCGUCGAAGAAGCUCAAAGAUCUUCUUGAUGUGGCACGUGUAACCCCUGCUGUUAACCAAGUGGAAUGUAACCCAGUUUGGCAGCAACAUGGUCUUCAUGAGCUCUGCAAAUCCAAAGGAGUUCACUUAUCUGGUUACUCUCCUUUGGGUUCCCAAACUAAAGGAGAAGUCAGGCUAAAGGUUCUUCAGAACCAGAUUGUCUCCGAGGUUGCGGAGAAACUUGGAAGAAGCACUGCUCAAGUGGCUAUCCGUUGGGGCCUACAAAUGGGUCAUAGUGUUCUACCAAAGAGCUCGAGCGAGGCUCGGCUCAAGGAGAACCUUGAUGUUUUUGACUGGUCUAUACCUGAAGAUCUGUUUGUCAAGUUCUCUAACAUUCCUCAGGAAAAGCUAGUCCGAGCUGCUGAGUUUGCGCAUGAGACAUACGGCGUCUAUAAGACCCUUGAUGAGUUAUGGGACGGUGAAAUUUGAGAUAACUUCCCUCCUCUUAUCUAUAAAACCAACAAGGACAUUGAAAAUAAAUAUGUAAUGUUUUUGGAAUCCUUCCAUGAGGUUUUAUAUAAUCCUUCCAUGAGAAACACUAAACACAUUAGGAUUUCAUGAGGUUUGACAAAUGUUAUUACUCUGCAGUCUUCAAACAAUAAAAUGAUUUCAACAUA